AACUUUGAUAAUUUCAAGGUUCGAAAGACGGAGGAGCAUUUGAAGACGCUGUUAUGCAUUUUUGCAAAAGUUGUAUCGCAUUAGCUAGAAGUAGCAUAUACAACAACGAAUUUUUUCUAGAACGAACAAUGAAAAAACUUGUGACGCAGAUUAGCUCAGAAACCAGGAGAUCUGUCAUGCUCAUGCAUGUUGACAAGAACUGCAAUAUAUACGAAUACGAUACUUUAACUUUUGCAGAGCAUAGCUGCUGACCAACCACAAUGUCGCGUUCCCACCGUUCACGCACUUUCACCCCAUGCAGUUCCUGAAUCAGCAAGGUUCUGACUUGUUAUCUCCUUCUUUAUCUCCUGCUGAUUCCAGCGUGAAGACCAUGACUUCGGAUGAACCACAUCAAGCCAGCAUGACGAAUGUACCGUCUUCAGCACGACCGUCGUCGAGAACCCCAAGCAGCCAAAAUCGUGGGGCCGUUCUACUCUAUACGCAGACAGGCUUGCUCUCGACCGAUUUUCCGCAGUCCUUUGUGGGCAAACGAAAUAGCGAAAUUCUGCGGCCCUUGUCUAUAUCCAGGAAAAAACACCCAUCCCCAUCCAAUUUGUGAUGCAAAACAUGCAUAAAAUCCCCCCGUAUUUGUCAUGCAAAAAAUGGAUGGGGAUGGGUGUUUUUUCCUGGAUAGUCUACCCCUCAGUCGCCGUCGAUCUACGCAGAUCGGCUGCGGAAUUUCGUCAUAAAGGCACAGUCCGUAGCUCAGGUGGACGACUUUGUCGAUGAUAGCGAGGACGAGGUGGAUCUAGCAGCAGGAGCACACGAACAAGGAAUGAGCUCUACUUCUAUGCUUCUUGAUCGUUCAUCGCAGGCCGGCAUGGCCAAGAACACGACAAGCGGCGACGAAAUAAAGAGUGAACAUCAAAUAAUCGACGACCACGAGGAAGGCCGCGGAAACGGAGACCAAGAGGAAGAGGAGCAGAGCGAACCCGAGC